AACAACAAAUGAUUCGUAAAUAUUAGCAGAAGUUGUCGAAAACAAAAGAACAAAUUACAUCGUAGAAAAAAAUUGUGAAAUAGUGUAAAAAUAUUAUAUUUUAAAAUAUUUCUUCAUUAAAUGAAUCAUAUUAGUAAAAUGAACAUGAUUAGUCUAAAUUAGAUUCUAAAGAAAUAAAUACACACUACUGUUGUUGCACACAACGAACGAAAAAAUAUUUUUACAAACAAAAAUAAUUAUCGAUUAUUACAAUUUCUGUGUCUUGUGAAAAACGAAAAUAAUAGAAAGAAAUUUAAUUAAAUUGAAUUUUAUUCGCAUUAAGUUAAAAUUAGCUACAGAUGGUGUUCCACUGGCUAAAUAGUAAUAAUUAUGUUAUUAAGAAGCUUGUCUCCGGCAUUUCUAGCCGGUCCAUUGUGGUUGAUUCACUAAUACUAGUGUUUGUUUUUGGUACCAGUUGCUGUGAUGCAACUGCUACUGACAUCGCGCUUGAUGCAAAGGCGACGUUAACGCAUCGCAUUGACAGCCUUAACCUUCUUGUGUACACCUUCCUGCUGACCUUGACUGUAUUGACAAUAUGGUUGUUUAAGCAUCAUCGUGUCUCAUGGUUACAUGAGACUGGCCUCGCUGUGAUAUAUGGUUUAAUUGUGGGAGCUGCUAUACGAUAUUCAGCUUCAUCAAAACCCCUAGUACAUUUGGAAGUUGAACCUGAACCAAAUUCAAAGUUUAACCAAACUCUACCACCAGAUACGCUUUGGUUAAAAUUUCCGGGCAAGUUAACGCCUCCUGAUAAUAGCGAACAUUUAGAAAAUAAAACAUAUGCAUACACCUUUCGAAGUCAAGUUUAUGAUGUAGUGGAGAAUGAAAUCGAUUUAAAGGCUACAUUUGAUCCUGAAAUAUUUUUCAAUAUAAUUUUACCACCCAUUAUAUUUCAUGCGGGCUACAGUUUAAAAAAGAAAUAUUUUUUUCGUAAUCUGGGUGCCAUUUUAACAUUUGCUAUAUUGGGCACAACAUUAUCAGCGUUCCUAAUCGGUGCCAUUAUGUACGGUUGUGUGAAACUGAUGCCAUCAUAUUUGAGCAGCAGUUUUACAUUUCUGGACACACUGUAUUUUGGAGCGUUGAUUUCUCCAACAGAUCCACUAACAAUACUAGCCAUUUUUCAUGAUCUACAUGUUGAUGUUAAUCUUUAUGCGCUGGUUUUUGGUGAAUCUGUUUUGAAUGAUGCGGUUGCCAUUGUUUUAAGCGGAGCGAUACAAAACUAUGGAGAGCACUAUUCCAGCACGGGAGAAUUCGAGACAUAUGCCUUCUUUAGAGCUUUGAGUGAUUUCUUUGGCAUAUUUAUGUUAUCAUUAUUAAUUGGAGCUUUGAUGGGCUGCUUUACAGCAUUGUUGACUAAAUUUACUCGAGUUCGAGAUUUUCCUCUACUAGAGUCGGCGCUAUUUGUUUUGAUGUCCUAUAGUACCUUUCUUAUAGCAGAAGCUUCCGAAUUAACUGGUGUAGUAGCAGUAUUAUUCUGCGGCAUCUGUCAAGCCCAUUACACUUACAAUAAUUUGUCUGAAAAUUCUCGAACGAGAACCAAAGAAAUAUUCGAGCUAUUAAAUUUCUUAGCAGAGAAUUUCAUAUUUUCAUAUAUUGGUGUUUCCAUGUUCACCUUCCCAAAACACCAUUUUGAUGCAGUAUUCAUAAUAACUGGUUUUAUAUGUGCUGCCAUCGGACGUGCUGUUAAUAUUUAUCCACUAUCAUGGUUGUUGAAUUUAAACCGCAAACCUAAAAUUUCUUCGAAUUUCCAACACAUGUUAUUCUUUGCAGGUUUGCGAGGCGCCAUGUCAUUUGCUUUAGCUAUACGUAAUACCAUAUCAGAGGCUCGUCAAACUAUGUUGACCGCAACAUCUUUAAUUGUUAUAUUUACUGUUGUUAUACAAGGUGGCGCAUCAAACUUUCUAUUGAGUUGGCUUAAGAUACCUGUGGGUGUGGAUGAAGAGACUGAACAAUUAAAUAAUUAUCAGAUUCACAGUGUUUACAAUUCAAUGGAAAAUACAACAAACGUGUCUGAUGGUUAUUUACAGGAUUGUGGCGAUUUGGAAAAUAAUGGCACUCCGGGCAAUGGAAUCGGUAGUAACGGAAGACGCAAUGAAAAAGCUGUCCUUGCCAGACUGUGGGGUAGCUUUGAUACUAAAUAUAUGAAACCAUUGUUAACUCAUUCAAGACCAACAUUAUUGGAGACCUUGCCUGUAUGUUGUAAUCCUGUAGCACGACUUUUAACAACCACCGAACAGUUAACACAGGAUGGUGGGUUAAGGCGCACAGAUUCAGAUUCUGAUAUUUGCAUAGACGACAAUGACGUAGGUCGUAGUCGUAGCGGUAGUGGUGGAGGCUCAGUUACAGGCGCGGCAGGUGAUCCUCGCCGUAACUCGAUUAAUCGCAUGGAAAUUCUGGAACAUGUUCAAAGUCCUGUAUCGACACGUAUUAGACUUUUAGGGUUUUAUGGAAAAAAUUUAUAGAACAAUGGUAAACAUAAAUUUUUAUACAAAUAGCUAAAUAAAAAAAAAACAAUAAA